UUUUUUAAUUAACUUACUUUGCCCUAAACGUUUUUGAUAAUCAAAUAUUGAACUGGUGCAGUGCUGAUUUAGUGCAAAAAUAAUCUCUUGAUUAAAAUUCAAUCAACUGAUUUAUUGAUUGUCAAAAUUUCGAUUUGAAAAUCUGAAUGAUUUACAACUGAUGGUAAAAUUUUCCCUCCAUUUUCAUCUUAAAGCUUAAUAAGCUCUCUCCCUCUCUCCAUUUGUUUACAAAGCCACACUUGUUUUUUUCUGGUUAACUGUACAAAUUUUUCAUCAAAUUCAAAUAUCAAUUGUUUAUUUAAUUUAUAUUAUUGAGUGAUUUUUGUGCGUCUAUAAAAGCCUUUAAUUACCAAAUGAUUCAUUUAUAAUGGUCGUUGGAUGAUAAGAAGCCAUCACGAGGAAGGAGAAGAAGCUAAGGUGGAAGAGACUUACAUUUAACAUUAUACAAAUAUUACAAGCCAUCGAUACCGAAGCCAGUCAGUCGUGUUGCAUUGACUUUUCUGUUCCUAAAAGUUUACUCAGCAUGGUGCAAAUGUUAAUUUAAAGGAUUAACAUCACAAGUAAAUGAAGAAAACUAUUAUCAACAAGAGUAUUACAUAUUGAGUGUAACAAAAUCUCGACUAACGGAGCUGUUGAAGUCAUAAUCAAGCUGUAAGACAACGGUGAAGAGGUGUAUAAAAAGAACCUGAUCCAAUGAGGAUAAUGAUGAUGAUAAUGGUUUCAUCAAGUAAAUAUUUGCCCUUAAUUGUUACCGAGGUUAUAAUCAACCGAGUGAGUAAGUGAGUUUUGAGAUAAAGUAAGAAAGAAGAGAGAGAGAGAGAGAGAAAGUGAGUGAAUGAAGAUGAUAUUUAGACUCAUUAAGUGAUGUGCAAAGGACGACAAAAGAAAAAAGAAAUCAACUUUCGGCAAGUUUUCCAAGGAAAUCGACAGCAUAACUUAAUUUGUUGAUCUUAAAUAAUUCAUUUGAGACAAACAUUUCCCUUCAGAUUUUAUUUUUGAUCGUUUAGCAAAGACGCUACUCAUCGUCAUCGUCAUCAUCAUUUACCUCUUUUUCUGUCUCAAUAUACAUCAUCUACCAUCCGUUUUACCUGAAAAUCAUCAUUUUCCUUAAUGUUUUAGUGUAUUAUCAUCAAGGAAUAUCACCUCUUUGGUUUACUGUUUUUUUUUCUUCCCCCUCUCUUUCUUUUCUUUCAUUCCUUCUUUCUUAUUACCUUUCCAUCUUUCCUUCAAAAUCAAUUUAACCGUGCCUAAGGUAAUUGUAUCAUUGUUUAAACUUGAAUAGUUGACUACAACGAUUUAUAUCCAUGACAUGGUUUAGCCAAGCAUAUCAAUGUUUAAUCAACCCUAGCCAACUUGGUUCUCUCAACUAUUAACGGGAUCAACAACGAAAAAAGGAGAACAGAAAAAUUUCAAUCUUUAUCGUCACUGUAAUACUCAUCAAUGGUUUAACUCGCUGAUAAAAAAAACAACAAGACGAAGAUAACGUUCAAAAGGAGAAAGAUAAAGACAGAGAAACAAAUAGUCGUCAUUCACAUGUCAAGCAACCUUGAUUUUUAAUGAUUGAUUCUGCAACUGGAAACGUUGGAAUACAUAAGAUCAACUCUUAAUCGAUCAUCAAAUUACAAGCUUCUCCUCUUUUCCUCCCUCUCCCAUUUUCAUCACUAUCAUCAUCAUCAUCAUGCCUAAAGACAAUGAGAUAUGUUUGGAUCAUUUCGAGGAUUUAAUUGAUGAUAGUUCACCUUUAAAAAGUUUGAUUGAUCGUCGAAUUGUUCCUUCCAAUGAUAAAAGAGUUAAAAUAGUAGGAACCAAAAGGCCGGAUGUGAGAAACUUUUUCAAUCAUUUAAAUGAAUUGACCCAGGGUGAUCAAGAAAAUGGUAGAAGUGAUAAGACUAACACGAAAACAGUUGAAAAUGGAAUCAACAAUAAGGAAUCAAGUUCAGCUGAUGAUAAGGAAGAUAAAGGUUCACCGGUGAUGACUAAUUACCAUAAGAAUAAUAUAAAUAAUAACAACAUCAUCUAUAACAAUGAGAUUAACAUUGGCGCUUUUAAAGUGGCAGAUACUGUCAAAACUGGUAACUUAUCAUCAUCAUCAUCGUCAUCCUCUUCAUCAAUUAAUCAAGUAAAUGCUACUGGAAACAAUGGAGGUGCCAUUGGUGUCAUUGAUUGUUCACCUUCAUCAUUGCGAGAUUCAAUUACCGAUAUAUCAAUUAAUCCUUCACUCAACAAAUUAGAUAAACGGUUAAUUGAGUCCGAUGGUGGAUUCAAAUUUAUUAAAUGGACUGCUAAUCACCGUGGUUAUAAAAUAAAUCCUAGCAAUAAACGAAAUACCUGGUUUUCAGAUUCAACUCGGCAAGAUGAUGAAAGUGCUACAAUAGUGAGUUUGAAAAUUAAAUCAACGGAUCCACUGAUUGGCGAUAGUUAUCAUCAUUUUGUAAAUCAAAAUGCUAUUAAACCAACUAAACAAGACUACAAAUUAUCAUCAUCUCUUGGCUUGGGUGAACAAUUUGUUCGUGCUCGGAGUAAUUCAAGCCCUGAAGCCAAGGAACCUGUUCUGGUCAAUAAUAGUCCAAAUGAUAAAUUAGGAAAUGAACUUAAAUCGUCUAAAGUUUCCAAUGAUAAUGAUAACCAUCAUAAAGAACCUAUCGAAACUACUUCCGAGAAAAAGCGUAUUGGUGAGAUAAUCAGAAAUUUACUUCGUCGCAGGCCAACACUGGACGAAAUUAGAGCGAAAGGUAUCCUCAUAGAUGGUCCUAUUUUUGGCUGUGAUUUAACAUCUUUAUGUAACCGGGAAGGUCAAUUUGUCCCGAAAAUAUUACAGUAUUGUAUUGAAGCAAUUGAAGCAAAAGGCCUCCAAACUGAUGGACUCUAUCGUAUCUGCGGGAAUCUUUCGGAAGUUCAAAAGAUUCGUUUUCAAAUCAACAAUGGUAACUAUGAUGUCAUCUGGUCACAGGAAAAUGUUCAUGCACUAACUGGAGUGUUAAAACUGUUUCUGAGAGAUCUUAAAGAGCCAUUGUUUCCAUUUGAUCUCUUCAAUUCCUUCAUCUUCACUACUGGAAUACCAAACAAGAAGGAUCAGAUUGAGGCUCUUCAAAAGCUUGUUAACCAAUUACCAAAGUGCAAUUAUCAUACUCUUUUGUUUCUAUUGAAACAUCUUUUAAGAGUUGUUCAAUAUAAAGAUAAAAAUCGUAUGCAAAUUCAAAAUUUGUCGAUCAUUUUUGGACCUACAUUAAUGUGGCCUAGGAUUGAAUCAAAUGACUUCUCAUAUGAUAUGAUGCUUCGUGUCCAUUGUAAUCGGAUUAUUGAAAUACUUUUGACCGAGUUUAAUGCCAUUUUUCUGGUCUCAAUGACCUCUGUAUGAUAACUAAUCUAAAUAAUUUGCAAUUAUACAUAGCUUUUUGUAUCAAUCUGUUCACAAUUCAAGUCUCACUUUGCUAAAACUUGCUCAAUUCACCUAGUUAUUCAAUGCUUUUGUAAGCACAAAAAAUUUAUUUUUUAAUUUUUUAUUAGCUCAAAGGCUCAUUUAAUAUUUUAAAUUUCCAUCCAUUUAAACAUUAUUCAUGUAUUAUUUGAAUCCUUUCUUAACUGUAAUAUCCUCUUUCGUACACAUUGAUUUAUUUACUACUAUCUGCUGUUCAUCAAUUUGUCUCAAUCAACUCUGUUGAUUUAAAUUGUUUUUAAAUAAUUGAUGCUAUCCACAAGCUUAUCAACGUAGUGUAAGCAUAUUUGGGAGCAUGAAAAUUAAAAAAUAUUCAUCAAAAA